UUAGUAUACUUCUUGCAGUAGUUCAGUUCGGUCUAGCUUCAAUAGUUGGUCUUAGUUUAAGUUUAGUUGACAUUAGUUACAGAUUUUAGGUUAACUACCGUCAAACAGUUGAUCUCGGUUAACUUGUUUAACACACUGUCGUCGCAGUCUACAGAACAGUUAUAACUAAGUUUAAAAUUUUGAACUACGACAAGAACUCAUAGUGGUUGCAAAGGGAAGAUUUUUGUGUUAACCUUUUUAAAUUUCUGUUGAUCACGUUUUCAAGUAGUAGACAACCACCGUUAAAAAGUUGACCUCGGUUAACACAUUGUCAUCGCAGUCUACAGAACCGAAAACUAAGUUUAAAAUUUUGAACUACGAGAAGAAUUAUUAUUCAUAGUGGUUAGUUGUAAAGGGAACAUUUUUGUGUUGACUUUUUCAACAUUCGUUGAUCACGUUUUCAACUGAAUCCACUUUUUAACUCCUCAACAUAUUCAGAAACGUUUAAUAGUUACACAAAUGUACUUUUCCACUACGAAUAUUUAUAGUUGAACAUGUUUUACUCAGUUCAACUAUAAUCAACUAGUUAACAACGUUUCAACUGGAAUAAGUUUCAACUACCGUACUUAAAACACAUUUUUCACAAAGAAAUUACAGUAUUUUGAAGCAACAGAUCGAAGGAACUACAAAUUUUCUAUAUUUUAAAAACUUUUAGAAGAUUUUUGCAACAAAAAGUUUUAGAAAAAUUUUGAAUUCCGAGAGAAUGUUUUAGACAAGAAAUGUUUCUGUGAAAGUAUUUCUACGAUACAGUAUUGGACCUUAGAAGAAUUUUAAGUAUUGACAAUUUCUUGGGAAACAAACAUAAAAUUUUCUAAGAAUAUUUGGGGCAAACUUAAACGGGAAAAUAAUAAAAUUUUAUAGAAGUGAACUAGAGAUUCAAUAACAAUUAUUAUAAGUGACAGUAUUUUUUAUGUUUUUAAUAAGUGCUAAUUAUACAGAAUAUUAGUGGUUUAGGCAUACAUUGAUGAAAAUACUUUUUAAAUAAAUAACUCAUCGAUAUUGUGAUAAACAGGAGUAACCCGUGCUUCGCUCCAUAGAUCAGGCCCUCCACGAAUGACAGACUUCAGUUGGAAACUACUUUUGAAAAAAUGACUAGAAAUAUUUCAUAAAAUGACUCUUUGACAUAAGUGAUACCACCAGCACCCUAUCUGCCUUCGUGUAACUUCGGGAAACAUCGGGAAAGUUCAGAAAAACCAUCGGAAAACUCAAGAUGUCGCAGCUUCUUUAGAUCACAUGGAGCAGAUGAGGAUAGAGCAGUCUCAGCCAUUCGUAAGCCAAGAGGAGAUACGAGAAGAAGAAGAGGGUGACGAAGGAGAGGAGAAUUCGAUAGAAAGGAAAAUCGAUCUAUCAGCUGUGGCGAUCACAUCUGUGAAGGAGAGGAGAAAACCUCCGUUGAAGGAGGAGGAGGCAAAAUGCGCGAUAAAGAAGGCAGAGAGAAAAGGACUGAUAGCUCAGUCGAUAACCAACGCAGUUGUGAUAGUUCUAGUGACAUCAUGUGGGAUGCCCAUUGGAUAUUCAGCAGUUCUAUUACCCCAGUUACAAUCCACAAAUUCCACCUUACCAACAGAUGAUGAAUGGGCCUCUUGGAUAGCCAGCGUGCAUUCAAUAGCCACCCCCAUUGGGGCUAUCCUAGCUGGUCCUAUGAUGGACAACUGGGGUCGCAGGUUGACCCUGCAGCUCUCCCUCAUCCCUGUCAUCUUCGGCUGGCUCAGCAUGUCUGUUUGGCCCAACCACUUCUUGCUCCUCAUUGGGAGGGUGCUUGGCGGAUUCUCGGUCGGCAUGGGCCUCGGAACUAGUCAGGUGCUGAUAGGCGAAAUCUCAGAGCCAACCCUGCGUGGCUUCUUCAUGAGUACCCCAGGAGCUGCCUAUGCCCUGGGCAUCCUACUGGUCUACGCCCUGGGGAGUCGUUUACACUGGAGGCUAGUGGCAUGCUUUGGCCUGGUGCUUCCCUCCAUUGCAGCGGUCGCAUUGCUAUUCCUCCCUGAGAGUCCUGUCUGGUUGGUGAACAAGGAUAGAGCCGACGACGCAAGGAAGUCGCUGCUUUGGUUGAGGGGUGGACAUCAGGCUAAGGUCAACCACGAAUUGCACAUGCUCAUUGGUCAUUCGAAGACAGAGAGGGAUAAAGAGGAAGCACUGAAACAGGAGACACGUGACGUCACAUGCGCCCCGGUUCCAAGAUGGUGGCACAUCAUGACGCGGCCUCAGGUCUUCAAACCAUUCUUCAUUCUGUUGACAUUUUGUCUGCUGCAGAUUCUGACGGGGUCAUAUGUGGCCAUUUUCUACGGGGUUACGUUGAUAGCUAGUGCUAGUAAUACACCAAGCCAAGAAUAUGACUGUCUAAGCAUAGCGGUGAUGACAGCCCUGGUCCGAUUUGUGGUCUCGAUCAUCACAUCGUGGUGCCUUCUGAGGCAUGGCAGGCGCAGAAUCGGUCUGAUAUCAGGUGUUGGAACGGCUAUGGCCACCUCUUGUCUGGUGGCAUUUCUCUACUACAAAAGUCUGCCCGGCGUUCAGCCUUUGCCCAACACACGUGACACCAAAAUCAUAGCAGGUCUCAUCAUGGUCUAUGUUGCCAUGAACACGUUCGGCAUUUUCAGUCUGCCUUGUCUCAUGAUUGGAGAGGUGAGUCAUUCAUUAGAAACUAAUAUCGGGGGACCGAGCAGUGUAAAAGCAUAGAAAAUUUGUAACGAA